ACACCGGGCAGCUGAGCAAGCGUGAGGCACCAGGAUCAUGGACAGCCGGGGCCAGGGGCGGCAGAAGGAGCCCAAGCCUGGGGAUCUCAUUCAGAUCUUUCGCUCCACCUACGACCACUGGGCCGUCUACGUGGGCUAUGGCUAUGUUGUCCACAUGGCCCCCCAAGGGCAGGCAGCGGAGGCAGGAUUCUCCAGCCUGUUCUCGGUGCUGACGGACAAGGCGGUGGUGCGCCGGGACCCACUCUGGACUGUGACGGCAGCCGACCGGUACCAGGUGAACAACCUGCAUGACACAGACAUGCCAGCACGGCCCCGCGAGGACAUCGUGCGUGACGCUGAGGCCCAGGUGGGUCAGGUGCUGUCCUACAGCAUCACCAGCCAAAACUGCGAGCACUUCGUCACCCAGCUGCGCUACGGUGUUCCCCGCAGUGACCAGGUCCGGGAUGCUGUGACUGCUGGGGCGGCCGGUGUUGCCCUCUUGGGUGUCUUGGGGGCUGGGCUUUUUGUGGGAAAGAUGCUGUUGCGGAGCAGGAAAGAAGAGGAGUAGCUCACCCCCACUCAGCUCCAUAGACCCACUGUGCCUAUCCCUCGCUCUGGGAACCUUGGGAGCACCUUCCUGCCGCCCCACCUCCCCCAGCCUUGGGACCCCUCACCCCUGCCAGCUGGGGCAAAUGAAUGCAGGGUGUCUGUGUCUGCCUCUCCCACCAGGUCUGUGCUCAAGAGCUCUAUCUCUCUGCUGCCUCCUUUGUGGUGCCAGGGCCCCUCACCCCCCCCCAAUUCCAGUCUAUGUCAUCUGCCCUAUCUUUCAGAAUAUAUCUUUUUAACAAAUUAUAGAUGUAAAAACAAGUCAUACACUAAACAUCAAGCAACUAUGGUAGCCUAUUUACAUGUUAUUUAAAAAAAAUUGUCUUAAUCUAAGGAUUUUUUAGUAGUGGAUGUAGAGAUGAUUGCAUAAUAGGUCAAAAUAAAGUCUAACACUUGUA